GCAACAAUGGUGUCCCUGCAGAAUUCUCCUACACUCCACGAAACCCUCUUUCACAACUCUUUUCCCCAGAAGCAUGGUACUUUCCGUUCAUCUAGAAAGGAAGGGUUUUCGUUCAUUAUCAAAGCUGCCCAAGAACCUUCAGCUUCUUCAACUGGGUUGCUUUCUCAAGGAACGAGAAUACUGAGCAACAAUUUGGAAGUAGUGAUUGAAGGUCAAGAUAAGGUGUUCAAGGAUGUCAUUGAACCACUGGAAAGUGUCAGUGUAAAUAUGAUCCCAACUAGUAAACAAGAUUUUAGAGAAUUUGGGUCCCCUGAACAGGUAGCUGAUGAAGACGAGGAAGAUACUGAUGAAGCUAGCAAUGACUCUGAUGACGCUGAAUCAAAGACUGAAGCUGGGGAAGACGAUGCUGAAACCAAGGAAGAGGAUGUACAUGAUGAGCUUUAG